AGCCAACAUAUUUUGGCGCCGAAGAACCUCGUCCAUUGUCGUGAGCCUUCAUCCACCGCAUCACAUCGAUUGCGCACUCAGACGCUGCGCCGUACACCGUACACCGCGAUAAUACAUAUACGAGCUUUUUCCUGGAUUGUCUGAUUUCAGUCGCCACUGUAACUACUAACAAGAAGCUGCGCAGGCAAUUAAUUGAACGGCUAUUCAGUCAAUUCCCGAUGGCCGGAAGACAUCCGAUGUGGAACGGAAGGAUCAAUCUUACUGGCACGAUUUCCUCUCCCCCACGCUUUUCAAUGGCCGAUGUAGAUGUGAAGCAUCGCGGGGUUUCAUUGACUUCUUCAGCAUUGGGUCUUUCUUCCUGACCGUCAAUGUCAAUGUCUACUGCAUCUCCAGCUUUGCAUUCAUUGCGUUCUUAAUCGACAGUAUAAACAGGAUUAAUUGGGUUGUCACCAUGACUACUUCUACUAUCUCUUCAAAAGCGCUAGUCUUGCAUGGCCCAAAAGAUCUUCGACUAGAACAGAAACAAGUCCCUGCACCUACAAGCACAGAACUGCAAGUCUCGGUCCGCGGAACAGGAAUCUGCGGAUCAGACCUCCAUUAUUAUUCCCACGGCCGCAAUGGUGAUUUCGUUGUCCGGGAACCAAUGGUCCUGGGACAUGAGUCUUGGGGAGUUGUAACAGGUAUUGGGCCCAAUGUGGCAGAAGGGCGCUUCAAAAUUGGUGAUCGGGUGGCCCUUGAGGUUGGAUUUCCCUGCCGCGAAUGCCCACUUUGCAGGCAAGGUCGCUAUAAUAUCUGCUCUCGUCUACGGUUUAGAAGCAGCGCGAAGACGUUCCCUCAUCUGGAUGGGACAUUGGUGGAGCUGACGAAUCAUCCGGCGGAACUAUGCCAUCCACUACCCUCAACAGUGUCUGAUGUGGGUGGUGCGCUCCUGGAGCCGUUGGCAGUAUGUUUACAUGGGAUCCGACGAUCGAAACCACCAACAAAGGAAGAAGUAGAACUCACAAAAGCAGCUGGUGGCCACGGGGAAAAGGAAACCGCGGCGUUAGUGUUCGGCGCUGGCGCCGUAGGGUUACUUCUUGCUGCCGCGUUGGCGACGUCAGAGAACUUCACAUCGAUUGUCGUGGCAGAUAUUGAUGCAGGGAGGCUUGGGAUUACAAAAGCAUUAAAUCUGGGCCUAAAGACUGUUCUUAUUCCUCAGAAUCCUCUGGGGAAGGAUAAAUCAGCUGCCACCCCGCCUCCAGCAGAUGCUCCGCACGCUGAACAGGUUGCAUACGCACUGCAAACCGCACAGGGGCUUGCUACGAUCUUGAAAGAGUCAGCGGGCGCUCUUCAUGGGUUUAGCCGCGUCUAUGACUGCACAGGUGUUCCGGCUUGUGUGCAGGCUGGUAUCUAUGCUGCUGCAGCGGGAGGAACGCUCGUGCAGAUUGGUAUGGGGAAUCCGGUCCAGACUUUACCCAUCGGUGCUGCAGCGCUCCGGGAGGUGGAUAUUAUCGGUGUGUUCCGAUAUGAUGGGCAGGCGUAUCCAGCGGCGAUAGCCUUGAUGGCGAGCGGGAAGUUAAGUUGUGUUGAAGAGAAGGUAGUCACUCAUUGGCUGAAGCUUGAAGAGGGUAAUCGUGCCUUUACAUUAGCUGGGAAGGGAGUAGACGAGGAGGGAAAGCCGGUUGUAAAGGUUGUUAUUGAAGCUUGAGGAACUAUAUACAGCACGGGUGUGGGCGUCUUGUUCCAUUCGACAGGAACUUGGGACUAUCUACCCUUAACUAUCCUUUCAAAUUGACAGUUGUCCAUCAUCUCUGUUAUCCGGAUCCACAAUGCUGUCAGGCAUGACGUGAAUUGGCACCAGGAUUGGUUUUGCACAUUGCCG